AUCGAUUCAGAAUAAGAAGAGACAUCAGCGCUAUUGAGAAGAAAGAAAUUAUUAAAUGUAACGAGUGCACAAACUAGGCAUGUAAGAUAGUGUUAAAGCAUAUAAAAGUUUCUAUUCUAUUGUGUUAUUUCGUGAAAUGCAAUUAAAAUUAUAAAUAAAAUGAAUAUAAUUUUAUUUUAAUUUUAAAUAAUUAAGUGCUUAAAAUAUUAUGUGUUCCAAAUAAGACUAUUAUAAAAGUUUUUUUCUAAAAUUACAAAUUUUAAGAAAUUUUCAGUAAACGAGAAUUUGAAAUAAUCUGUAUUUCUAAUUCUACAUUAUUAAAGUGAACUACAGUGUUUAUAAUUUUCAGAAAUAUAUAUAUUGAGAUAUAUAUAAAUAAAGUAUUUUAGCAGAUUCUUUGUACAUAUAAUGGAGAUUAAUAAAGAAGUUCCUGAAGAGAUUCCUGAAUCAACUAUGGCUCAAAGUGAAAUAAAUGAAACAGUUUUGGAUAAUCAACAAAGUAUAUUGGAAAUAAAUACUGAUAAUCAAAGUAGAAUAUCAGAUAAAAGUAAUUGUAGUGAUAUAAUGGAAGAAGAAACUAUAUCUACUGAUGAUAUAAAUAUAUACAAUGGUUCUACCACUGAAGAUUGUAUUAUGGAGUCUAAUCCAGACAGUAUUACAGCUACAGAUGAUUUAAGACAGUUUGAUGUUUUGGAUGAUUUAGAACGCCAUCCAGAUCAAAACUGCUGUGAUAUGGAUUCUGAUACUAAUGAAAGUAUGGAUUCUGAUGUACCUGAUGAAGAAAUUGAAGCCAUGCUUGAAGAAGGUUUACCAGAAGAAUUUAAAGGCAAAAGAAAAGACAAGAAGGAUAGUGUACCAUAUGAAGAAAAAGUAAAACUUGUCUUAGAUGAAAUUGGACAUAAUCACUUUGACGUACUUCCAGAAGGUUGGGUACAAGUAACACAUAAUAGUGGGAUGCCUUUAUAUUUACAUAAGCAAAGUAGAGUUUGUACUCUUGCAAAACCAUACUUUCUUGGACCUGGCAGUGUGAGAAAACAUGAAGUACCUGUUAGUGCAAUACCUUGCCUUCAAUAUAAAAGAGCUCUUCAUGAAGAAGAAGAAGAAAGAAAAAAACAAAAAGAACGUGAUCCAAAUGCAGAAGUUUGUAGCCUUCCAAGUGCAAAAAUUGAAACAAUUCAAGAAAAUCGAGCAGCACAUUCAUUGGAUAGUGAACAACUAAGGAAUUACUGUCAAUCAUUAUUUCGAUUUAAAGCUAUUAAAGUAAUGAGAUUUCAAUCAUGGUCAGCAAGAAGGAAAUUCACAAAAAAUAAAAAACAUCGCAAACAACUUGAACGACCUACUUUACCCGAUGGAACAAAAUUAAUAACAUUUCCAGUUAGUAGUUCUGGUCUAGCAGGAAGUAGUAGUGGUAAUGCUGGAGAUGAUAAUACUGGACAAAGACCACCAAAACAUUGGAUAAUGAAUCCCUCUGGCAAAAGUUAUGUUUGUAUACUUCAUGAGUAUGUGCAACAUGCACUUAAAAAACAACCUACUUAUAAAUUUAAAGAAUUAGAAAAUGCAGCAACUCCAUACUCUGCAGUUGUUUGUAUAAAUGAUAUGGAAUAUGGGAGUGGUUUUGGUAGUAGCAAAAAACAGGCAAAAGCAAAUGCUGCUCGAAAAACUCUUGAAAUUUUAAUUCCUCAAAUGAGAGAUAAAAUUUCUGGUGACAAUGGCGGAGAUACAGUUUCUGGUAAUAAUAACCGAAUGAUUAAAGCAUCUAGAGCAAAUUCUGAUGCAGAUUUAUCAUUUUUUGAUGAAAUCUCAAUUACUGAUCCACGAGUCGCAGAAUUUUGCGCUAAAACAACUGAACCAUCACCACAUGCUAUUUUAAUUACUUGUCUUCAACGAAAUUAUGGCCUAGGUGAUAUGCAUAUUAAUUAUUCUGUAAAUACAUUAAAACAUCAACGCAAUGAAUUUACAAUGCGUGUUGGUAAACAUGAAGCUACUGUUGUAUGUCGUAAUAAAAAAGAUGGUAAACAACGAGCAGCACAAGCUAUUUUGCAACUUAUGCAUCCUCACAUUCAAUCUUGGGGUUCUUUACUAAGACUUUAUGGAUCUCGAAGUGUAAAAUCCUUUAAAGAAAAAAAACAAUUAGAACAAGAAAUCACAUUGUUGCAAGGUAAAGCUGCAGUUAAUCAGCCAAAUCAUGCUAUUUUAAGUAAACUUAGACAAGAAAUGAGGAAAUUAGCAGAACAAAGACAAGCUAUACAACCUAUCGGUAAAUUUGUACCACCAGAUUUGCCAACUGGAUCUGCAGCUAAUUUGAACAAUGUAGAUUUAUAAUAUACUAGUCAAUUCCAUAUUUUACAAAUAUUAAUUUAUUUUGUAACUUUUAUAACAAAGAAGGCAUCUUUAAUUUGUUCUAUUUUAUGUUCUAAAAAAUAAGCGCAAAGUAUUUUAUAUAUGUUGUAUCAUAAUAUGAUAAUAAUGUAGGCUUUUAAAUGGUGCUAAAUCUUAUAUCAUUACAUUUUUUUUAACACUUCGACACAUUUUAAUACAUUUUUAUUUUUUAUGUAUCCCGAAAUCAAUUUUUGUUAUUUAUUAUUUAUCGAAUCGUUUAAAAAGAACUAGAAAUCAUUUUUAAAAUUUGUUUUUUUGAGAAUAGUUCUUCCAAAUAUACGAAAUAUCAGAAUACUACCUCAAUCGUAUUAGUUCUUUUUAUAAACUAUUAAAUGUACUUGACAAUAUUGAUUUUUUAAAUCUUAAUUAUUUUUAUCUAAAAGGGAAUUUAAUAUUACAUACAAAUUAUUAAUAAUAUCUAAAUAUAUUAUUUCAUAUGAAAUUAUGAAAAACAACAAUUUUUAGAACAUAACUAUUUAUUUUUAAAGAACUGAUUACAAUAAAGUUUCAGUUCUAUAGAUGUUAAGGCAUCAAAUUUGCAUGUUAAUAACAGUUAUAGUAUAUUGAAAAGUAUUACAAUUGUCCUAAUAAAUUUAUUAAUAGAAUUAUUCAUAGAAUAUAAAUAAAUUGUCAAAUAAUACAUAAAACAUUUGUAUCUUCUUUGGCACUUAUAUAUUAUUAUUUUUUUAUAUUACUAUUAUUUAUUUCUGUAUUUUAUGAUAUUUUAUUCAUUCUUUAACAAUACAAGAAAAAAUUAAUACAGAUUAUUAAAAUUUAUUUUAACAUUUAAAUUCUUAUAAUAUUACAAUGUUUAUAUAUUUCGAAAUUUAUUGAAAAGAAUUUUUUCUUUAUUUACUAUGAUAUUUCAGUAGAAAAUACAAAUAUUAACCUUCAUUAUUUAUGUAUCAUAAAUCAUAGAUUUCAUUUAUAUUUAAUUAUGUGUAAAUGAAGCUUUUGUUUAAUUACAAUAUAAUAUGUUACAUGUAUAAAUAUUUUUCUACAUAAAAAUCAUACAUUAUUAUUAUAACAAUAAGUAUAUUUAAUAUAAUAUUCUAAUAUUCUAUUUAAAAUUUUACAUAUCUAUAUGAAAUUUUAUUUGGUUUAGUUUCUCUUAUAUUAUGAAGAUUAUUACUUUGAAUUAAUAUACUUUGUAAAAGAUUUACUGAUUGACAAAUUGUAAUAAAAUGUAUUUCAUUCUAGACAAAAUUCAUAUUUAUCAAUUAUUUCAAAAAACUUGUUAAAUAAAUGCAAGAUAAAUACAUUUAUGUAGUAGGCACAUGUAAUAGGACUAGAAUUAUACAAUGAUUUUAAUAAAUUAUAUUUAAACAGAACAUAUAUUUUGUUAUAAAAUAAAUAUAUAUUAUCUUUUAUUUUGCAAAAUAUAACUUCAGUUACAAAUAUAUUUUAUUAUUUGUAACUAAAGUUAUGUUUUUAAUUUUUUAAAUUUAUUUUAUAUAUUUUGUUAAAUUUAAAGCUGUUUAAUUUAAAAUAUGUAUAUGUUUAUACUGUUUAAAAAUACAUAUUUCAUAAAUUUUUUAAUUUUAUAUUAUAACAUUUAAAAAAUAAUAAAAUAUUUUAAAAACAUUAAAGUUUUAUAAAAAAAUUUAAAUGUUAAUUCACAGUAACAAAAUUAAUAAUUAUAUUUUCAAUGAUUAAUAAUAAUUAUAUUUUCAUAUAACAUACAAUAUGCAUACUAUAAAAACUUUCAAAUUUAAAAUAUUUUUAAAUUUCUUAUAAGUUUUUCUUCAAAUACGUUGAAAUUGAUAAUGACAACUAUUUUGAUUUUUUUUUCUUUUUUUUUUUUCUUUUUUUAAUAAUUUCAAUUCAUGUAUCUAUAUGAGAAGUCAAAUACUAUAAAUACUAUUAUAUUUUAUCAUAAUUUGAAUAUGUUUUUGCUUGUCAUAUGUUUUCAUUAACUACUGUUAUUAUUUAUUGUAUCAUUAUAUAUUAUAUUAAAUGUCUAUGUUUAUAAUUUUUAAAUCCUAUUUACAAUUUCUAAUUAUAAUUUAUCUUUAUUUUGACAUAGAUAUUUCAUAACACAAAUUAUAAAAAAUAAACACAAUAUCGUUUAAUAUUGUUUAAAUACAUUCAAAUUUUAAUUAAAAAAUUUUUAAAUGAACUAAACAAAAGUUAAAAAAAAUAAAUCUAUCUAUAAAUAUAAAGAGUUAAAAAAUAAUUAUUAACCAUAUAAUUUCUUAUAUUGACUACAACAUUAAAUAUUUUGUAUUGAUAAAGAUACAUUUAGUAUAUUGUUUAUCAGUAUUUUUUUAUACUUUUGUGUAUUUCUAAUAAUAAUAUUAAUAAUAAUUAAUAAUAAAAGUAAUAAUAAAAUGCAUAAAAUAAAUAUAAAAACAAAUUAUUAAAUUUCAACAUGAUAAAAUUAAAUUUUCUUGUAUUAAAAAAAAAAAGAACUUAUUGUAUUUUUAAUAAGUCAGAUUAAUAUUAUUUAAAAUUUUUUACUGUCACUUGUAUUUUAUAUAUUACUAAAAAAAAAUAAUAAGUCAUUAUUAUAUUAACAUUUUUAACUUUGGAGGCACAUCAAUUUAAAAAAAAAAAUGUAUAUAUUUAUAUAUUUACGUAUAUAAUUCAUUCUAAAUUAUUUUAAAUAGUAGAUAAUAUGUUGCACAUACAUGAAUAUUUAUAUUUCUAUCUAAAUUGUUUAAAUCAUAUCAUAUUUAAAACUUAUUUUUAGUUAAUUAAAUAAUUAUUAUAAUCAAUGACUCAAAAAAAAAAAAAAAAAGAUUUUUAAUUCAUUAAAAUAAUUAUGAUUAUGCAUCAUUAUCAAAAUAUAAAA